GUGCAUAGUGUUAAAAGAUUCACUGUUAAUUAGUCCUUUACCUUUCAGCUCCAAUGGCGAUUCCUCCAUCAUAUGUAGACCUUGGCAAAUCUGCCAGAGAUAUCUUCAAUAAAGGAUAUGGUUUUGGGUUGGUGAAACUAGAUGUGAAAACAAAAUCUGCAAGUGGAGUGGAAUUCACAACAUCUGGUUCAUCGAACACAGACACUGGAAAAGUGAAUGGGAGCUUGGAGACCAAAUACAAGUGGGCUGAGUAUGGGCUGACUUUCACAGAAAAAUGGAACACAGAUAACACUCUGGGAACAGAAAUUGCAAUUGAAGAUCAGAUUGCCAAAGGCUUGAAGUUGACAUUUGAUACAACUUUCUCACCAAAUACAGGAAAGAAGAGUGGUAAAAUUAAGUCGGCUUAUAAACGCGAGUGCUUAAACCUAGGCUGUGAUGUUGACUUUGAUUUUGCUGGACCUGCAAUCCAUGGUUCAGCUGUCUUUGGUUAUGAAGGCUGGCUUGCUGGUUAUCAGAUGACUUUUGAUAGUGCCAAAUCAAAAUUGACAAGAAAUAAUUUCUCUGUGGGUUACAAGACUGGAGACUUCCAACUGCACACUAAUGUCAAUGAUGGUUCUGAAUUUGGUGGGUCAAUUUACCAAAAAGUGAGUGACCAUCUUGAAACUGCUGUAAACCUGGCUUGGACAGCAGGGAGCAACAGCACUCGCUUUGGCAUCGCGGCUAAAUACAAGUUGGAUUCCACUGCUUCUAUCUCGGCAAAAGUGAACAAUUCUAGUCUAGUUGGAGUGGGUUACACCCAAACUCUGAGGCCAGGUGUGAAGCUUACGCUGUCUGCCCUGAUAGAUGGAAAGAGCAUCAAUGCUGGUGGCCAUAAACUUGGUCUUGGCCUGGAAUUGGAGGCUUAAAAAGGUGAAGAAACUGCUGCAGAGAAGGGAUAUCAGAAGAAUUUGGCCUUAAAAUGUAUUUCCAAUAUGACCAGCAGGCUUUUUUUUCCAGGAAGGAUGACCUAGAACAAGAGCUGUAUUUGAAGUAUUUAGACAGUUACUUGUUAGCUGGUUUCUAGUUAAAUUGGUUACCCAUCUAGUUAAAAUUCUGAAUUAGUGCAGUCACUUAAACAUUAUUUAAAUGUAUUUAACUGUUUAAUGCGCUACCCACAAAUAAUGAAAUAGACAUUUAUGAAAACUGUACAAUUGUGUGCAUGUUUGUUUUUAUGUUCCUUUUAACAUUCGAUAUUGCCAUUGAAUGGAAAAUGGAUCAGUGGAUGUUUUGAAAUGAGGUCAACUAUUUUGUUGAAUCACUUGAAGGAGAAAUACAUUUGGUAUCCCAAGACAAAUUAUAAAUAAAACAAGUAUACACACAUACUUGUGCCUCAGAUACUUUAAGAGUGAAGACUCGAGGGUAGUGCUCAUUUUUAACUUUAAGUAAUCCAAGAAGUAGUGCUUUGUACCUUUGUGCAAUUAAGAACCCCCACCCAUGACAAUACUGAAUAUAGGUGAACAGUUGGAUUCCUCAAGCAAGUUGAAUGUGCUUUUCUGUCAGGUAAGGUUUGUCAUGACACACCAGUUUAAUUCCCCCUGUGUUCCACGGGCGAGGGGUACUGUGUUCCCAGUUGGCCUCCUGAUGCAAAGAGUGCAGGUCGAUGUUCUUGGCACACUGAGACAUUUAGGAACUGCUCCUUGAAAAGCCUCACCACAAACACACCUUUUGCUUAUAUUUGUAUGAAGUGAGAUGUAUCUCUGCAAUUGAAUGUAACAGUGUAAUGGUAUAACAGCCUGCUUAUCCCAACUGCUGUGAGAGGUUUCUGCUUAAAAUGACUGAAAUAAAGACAAUUUUAAAUGGA